AUGUGGCUUCGGAGAGGAAAAGAAAGACAAACGGAAGAAAAGAGAAAGAAGAAGGCUGAUUUUGUCGCUGAUCAAAUCAACCUCGAGGGUCCUCCCACAACAACUGUCAUUUUAGAAGAAAAGAGCAGCAAAAGAGAAAAAGAAGACGAGUUGUGGCCAAAUUUUAUGACACGUAGACGAAAGGCGGCGAAUGGGAUGGAAGACAACACCACGAGCAAUCGAGUUGAUAACUCUCCGCCCACUUCCAACCAGAUCCUUGAUAAUCUAUUGUGA